AUGGCUCCAGCACCUACAAACACCAGAAAUAGACGGAGAAAAAAGAGAAGAACGGAGGAUUUCUCGUCCGACUCCAGCUCUUCCGAUUCGGAGUCCGAGCAGGUUGUUCAUUCCAAAGAUCAGGACUCUCUCGCAAUAAAAGCCACUGAUGAGGUCAAAGAAGCCGAGGUCAAUAUCGACGACAUCGACAUGGAGUCUGAUACCGAGAAGGCACCAGCAGUAACGGAGGAGACCCUCCUGGAGGAAACACAGAAGCAGUUGGCCAAGAUCAAAUUCACCACCACUGAGAACCUUCCACUUAAUGAAGCCAAAGUGGCCGUGAGCAAAGGUAGACAGCAGUUGGAAAACGAAUAUCUAGCGUUCAUGGCGAGCAACUUUGCCAAUGACUUGGAUGAACUCCGGAAAAAGCCAGACUUUACGGAGAAAUCCAUUGUGAUGUUGGCCAAGACGCUUCAAUCUGGAAGUAACAUGUUUGAUGAUGAGACGUUAGAUGCAUUAUUGAAGUGA